UACUAACUUAUUAGUCUUCACUUUUUUUUAGCUUGAGAUGUUGAAGAUAAGCCAGAAUUAACCAGUGCAGCAUUGAUAUGUUGUACCAUUAUUGGGUACGGAUGCUUUAUGCUGAGAUCCUUGCACAGGUGAACAAGGAACGAACAGAGAAUAGAAGAAGCUUAGCGAAAGCUUUCUGGUGAGAGAGAGAGAUGGGUUUGGGAAGGAGUGACGGAGUGGGGUCAGGCGAGGCCAGCUCGAGCGGAGGUGAAAUGGGUACGAGCAGCUCCGAACCGUUGGUUCCACGGAGAUUCCCGCUGGCUGCUCAGCCGGAGAUCAUGAGAGCUGCCGAGAAGGAUGAACAGUACGCUUCCUUCGUCUACGAUGCCUGUCGCGACGCUUUUCGUCACCUUUUCGGGACAAGAGUUGCCGUAGCUUACCAGAGUGAGACGAAGCUUCUGGGGCAAAUGCUUUAUUAUGUGUUGACAACUGGUUCAGGGCAGCAAACUCUGGGAGAAGAGUACUGUGACAUCACCCAGGUUGCAGGGUCUUAUGGGCUUCCUCCAACCCCGGCCAGGCGGGCACUUUUCAUUGUUUACCAGAAUGCUAUUCCUUACAUUGCAGAGCGAAUUAGCUCAAGAGUUGCUUCCCGUGGCAUUGUCCUUGCGGAUUCACUGUCUGAAGACCCCUAUGGAAGCAAUAGCGAUCGUGUUAAUUCAUCUACAAUGAUUGAUAGUUCAUCUACUUCCACUUCGGAGCAAUCUGUUUCUGUUUUAACUAGGUUGAAACAAAAAAUCAAUAGAUUAUGGCUCUCUGGAAUUCAAAGAUGGCCUGCGGUGCUUCCUCUUGCUCGAGAGUUUUUGCUAUUACUUGUUCGUGCAAACCUCAUGUUCUUUUACUUUGAAGGCCUCUAUUAUCAUAUAUCAAAACGCGCAGCUGGAAUUAGCUAUGUCUUUAUUGGAAAACCUUCAAAUCAAAGGCCUAGAUACCAAAUUUUGGGAGUGUUUUUGCUAAUUCAGCUAUGUAUUAUUGCUGCUGAAGGACUACGGCGUAGCAAUUUGUCCUCAAUUACAAGUUCAGUCCGUCAGGCAACACUCGGGGCCCACCACUCUUCAACAGGUGGAGGUUUGCCUAUUCUAAAUGAGGAAGGUAAUUUGAUAGCAACCGACGCUGAUAAAGGAAGUUGGGUGAACGAUUCGUCAUCAACUUCAGAGUCAAUUAGCAAAUGCACGCUCUGCCUGAGUAAUCGCCAGAACCCGACGGCCACGCCUUGCGGCCAUGUAUUCUGCUGGAAUUGCAUUAUGGAAUGGUGCAAUGAAAAGCCAGAAUGCCCUCUGUGCCGGACCCCCAUAACUCAUUCGAGCCUGGUUUGCCUGUAUCACUCAGACUUCUAGCUCUUGAUCUUUUCUACUUUAGCCUCCUCUGAACAUAGGAUUAUAUAGAAAUUGUAGCCUAGCAAUUUUAUACAAUUUUCACUCAUUUAUGAAUAAUACUUGAGCUACCCUCAAGACGAAAAAAAAAAUAUAUGAAAAUAAUAAAGGAAAUUGCUUGUUUUGAGCAUGGACAGACAAGUAUCCACAAAAUAAAACAUCUUCAUCUUCAUAAGGUUGGUCAUCAUUUUAUCUUCAUAGUUACUACUCUCCCUGUAAUCACUUUCUUAUUUGUGGAUACGAAUUGCAAUUCAUGUUAUCUUAUCGAUUGAAACGAUUAUUAUUUAUUUUUA